CCGGCGCUGGGGAGCGGGAAUGGGGCUGGGCGCGGCCGCCGGUGCUGCGUGUGCUGGGCCGGGCUGGGGCUGCGCUCCCCGGGGCCUCGUUUCUCAGGCACGCGGUCUGUAAAUGGCCGAUAGCAGGGAUGGCGGCCUGUCUGUCUGGGGACACAAGCACAAAUCCCUAUGGAGGAUGAACCUCCUCCUCAAGGAGUCAGCGCCAAGGCCUUGGAGGCAACACUGUUGUCAGCCCUGAAGAUGCUGGAUGUUGGGAAAUGGCCGAUUUUUUCUCUCUGUUCCCCAGAAGAGAUCAAGUUAAUUCGUCAAGCCUGUGUAUUUGGCAGUGCUGGUAAUGAAGUGUUGUAUGCAACCGAAAAUGAUGAGGUUUUUGUGCUUGGCAUGAAUUGUAGCGGCUGUCUGGGAACAGGAGACAUGCAGAGCACUAUAGAACCAAGGAGGUUAGAUUCCCUGUGUGGCAAAAAGAUAGCCUGCCUGAGUUAUGGAAGUGGCCCUCAUGUUGUUCUUGCUACGGAAGAAGGAGAAGUGUAUACAUGGGGUCAUAACGCUUAUAGUCAGCUGGGCAAUGGUACAACAAAUCAUGGUUUUGUUCCCUGUCAAGUCUCUACUAACUUGGUGAACAAGAAGGUCAUUGAGGUUGCCUGUGGCUCUCACCAUUCUAUGGUGUUAACAUCUGAUGGAGAGGUAUACACAUGGGGUUAUAAUAACUCAGGCCAGGUUGGAUCUGGUUCAACAGCAAAUCAGCCAAUUCCUCGAAGAGUUACCAGCUGCCUACAAAAUAAAAUAGUUGUUAAUAUAGCUUGUGGACAGAUGUGCUCUAUGGCUGUGGUGGAAAAUGGAGAGGUCUAUGUCUGGGGGUACAAUGGGAAUGGCCAGCUGGGGCUGGGCAGCAGCGGCAACCAGCCCACGCCAUGCCGGAUCGCAGCCCUGCAGGGCAUUCGUGUGCAGCGGGUUGCCUGUGGCUAUGCACAUACACUAGUGCUAACAGAUGAAGGUCAGAUAUUUGCCUGGGGAGCCAAUUCAUACGGCCAGUUAGGUACUGGGAAUAAAAGUAACCAGUCUUACCCUACAACAGUUAUUGUGGAUAAGGACAGAGUUAUUGAGAUCGCCGCCUGCCACUCUGCGCACACGUCGGCGGCCAAGACCCAGAGUGGCCAGGUGUACAUGUGGGGCCAGUGCCGGGGGCAGUCCGUGACCUUCCCCCACCUCACCCACUUUGCCUGCACUGACGAUGUGUUCGCCUGCUUCGCCACCCCUGCUGUCAUGUGGCGCCUGCUCUCUGUAGAGCCUGAUGACCAUCUAACAGUAGCCCAGUCACUAAAGAAGGAAUUUGACAACCCUGAAACAGCAGACCUGAAGUUCCUAGUGGAUGGAAAAUACAUUCAUGUUCAUAAAGUUCUUCUCAAAAUUAGGUGUGAACAUUUUCGCUCCAUACUCAAUAAUGACGAUGAAAUUAUAGAAAUGAGUGAAUUUUCUUAUCCUGUUUACCGAGCCUUCCUGGAAUAUCUGUAUACAGACAACAUUAGGCUCCCUCCUGAAGAUGCAAUAGGGCUGCUAGAUUUGGCAACACUGUAUAGAGAAAACAGACUGAAAAAGCUUUGCCAGCAAACAAUCAAACAAGGGAUUUGUGAAGAGAAUGCCAUUGCUCUUCUUUCUGCCGCAGUCAAGUACGAAGCUCAGGACUUGGAAGAAUUUUGCUUCAGAUUUUGCAUAAACCAUUUGACUGUUGUUACACAAACUCAAGGCUUUGCAGACAUGGACCAUGACCUUCUGAAAAACUUCAUUAGCAAAGCCAGCAGAGUUGGAGCAUUCCGAAAUUGAGGCCUGACUACUGCCAAGCUGAAGAGCACGUCCUUUUCCCUUCUGGAAAUAAUUUUCCUUUGGAGAGCUUCUCUGUGAUCACAAACAGUGGUUUGGAAGGAAAGUCUCGGUGUCCAUCAGCUUAGGGAGUAUGUAGAAGUCCACUAACAUGUAGGCUUUUUUGUAAGGAUGGCUACAGUGUAUAUGUCUGGUAAUUGUUCAUUGCCAACAGCCAGAAUUUAACACAAAAAUCUAAUGUAGUAGCUAACCUUUCCCACUCAAAGUCAAGCAAACUAAGCUUGUCAUUAUCUAGUCUGUCUUUUUUUUUUUUUUUAACAGUUUGUGUUUGGAUUUUAUGGGACAGUGACCUGUUUGCUGCUAAAACUUUCAUAGUGUACUUUUGUUUCAAAACUCAGUUAAUAUGGCUUCACGGGCUUCUUUUUAUAGUCCAGUGAAGAUAUUUGUUUUUCUGGACAUAUGGUAAAAUAAUGUAAGUCCUUUAUGAUGAGAGGCUUUCUGAUUUGUAGGAGGGUUUGUCUCACUUGGUGUUUAUUUGGAGUUAAUUUAUGAGGUGCUUCAGCAGGAUAUUACAGUUUUGAGUUCCCAGCACUUGUCUCGUUGUUUAGCCAGAAUGAAAAGGAUCUCCCUUUCCAUUACACCGGGCAUAGUCCCUGGCACCCCAAUGGAAGCACUCACCAAGUUUGUCUGGAUGCGAAUUGUCAGACUGUGAGUUUUACUGCUAAGAAAAUCACCUAGUUAUAAAUCCAAACAAGAUUUCAAGAAAAGGAAGCUCUGCUUGAGGCUUAUUUAUUCCUGUCUUACUAUAUCUCCUCAGACAGAUGAACUUCAGAAAAAUGGAGAAAAAGGUGAUUUUGAAGUGAUAACUUCAAAUUAAUUAAAUUGCAAGAGUGAACUGACACUAUAUUCCAGAUGGUGAUAAAGGUAUCUUGCCCAAAUGUGGCGUUUCAGAUUCUCCUGUGGUCAGAGCUGUGAGGUGCCCACACCACUUUCCUUUCAGGGCUGUUCAGAAGAGAGGAGCUGCCCUUUGGACACACCUCUCUCCCAGCACUGAUCAUUGGUGGCUAAGGUAGAGUAGAUGCUUCAUUCCUAACUGGCUGAAGUGAAUUAAGGUGAAAACCCCACCUCUGCUGCACAGAGGGAGGUUUGCCCCAUUACAGAAGAUGUGGAGCUCAUGGAGCAUUUACUUGAGUUUUCUAACAGGUAACUGUGAAUUAACCAUGAGAAUUUAAGUUUCUGAGUGAGUGAAGUGACUUCAAGUGCCUUUUGCAGUAUUUUACAAAUGAGGAAGACAAAAAGCUGGAUCACCAGGGUCAGUACACUAAUUAUAUAAGUAGUCAUGCAAUGUUCCUGCAGGUCCCUGCUGUGCCACAGCAUCCUUCAAUGACCUUUUCUAAUCCUCAAAUGUGGUUCUAAGAACUUAGUUCCCUUAUAUUAUCACAUCUUCAUGUCUAAGCUGCAAAUAGCUGUUCAUAUUGGAGGCUCAUUUCUCAAACAAUCCUGUUCUUUAAGGAAAAGUAGGAGGAAAAAGAGCAGCAAAUACUCAAAAAAGGAGUAGUGAGUUUCCCUUCACCCCAGGCCUUGUGGGUGUGAGUGGAAAGUGAAGCAGGCAGGUAGUAGAAUUUACUUAGGAAGAUGGUGAUGAGAAAAUAUUUUAGAAACUGCUGUGGUAAAUAUUUACACAUCUUUGAGACAUUUGUCUCAACCUCUCACUAGAAAUAUGCUGGAUCAUCUACUGCUACCACAUAUAGUCUGCCACCUCCUCAGCGAUGACUACGACUUCCUUCAGCAGUGUUGAAUCCAUUCUUAGCAGCUGUGUCAGUAUUUUGUAGUCAAACAGAAGUGGUCAAAACCUUUCCAAUACAUAAUGCAGAUUCAUCAAAAGCAUGACUUUGCUGGAGGAGAUCAGUUUUGGUUUGUGUUGAGAAGCACUUGACACCAGCACAGACAGAGAACUAGUGUUAUGGUAGGGCUCAGCUUUACUGCCAGCCUUGUGUGCUCUAGCCCAGCACUGAUCAUACCAAAGUGUGGACAAGGGAUUCUAUGUAAGCCAAGACUGCAUAUCCCUGGUUAAUAUCCCUAAGAUCCUGGAUUCAUCUGCCAGCAUUCCUUGAGGGUAGCAGUGCACGGAACAAAGGCGUAGGACCACAUCCCAGCCUUGGGGCAGCAGCUGGCACCUGUCCCACCCACCCCAAUGGCAUCACACUGGCACACAUCCAAUCUCUCUGGGAAAUGGAAUCAGCAGGGCACCUCCACCCCUGGUACUGGCUUGUCAGCCCCAGCUUUCCUCAGGUGGGUACUAUGAAAGGUCUCUCCACGUUUGUGUUGUUU